AUGCUUGCCAGUUUUAGAUCAUUAGGAGCUUCUGCUCGCGUAUCCAGCACUCGCGGGUUUUCGACCUCUCCUUCUUGCGCAAAGGAGUACGCACAUGUUGUGAGCCGUCAACAAAAGAAGCAGAAAAUUCUGACACCCGGCAUUCCUGCCAGAUUUCUGCCCAAGGAAAAGCCUGAAUUUCCUGCAUAUCCUUAUGGCAAUUCGCACUGGUUCAAGCAAUCCAAUAAGGGUCUUUACGGCGGUGCUACUAUUCAAUUUGGUAACCAAAUCUCCGAGUUCCGCAACAAGAGCCGACGAUCAUGGCUGCCCAACAUUUCGCGCCAUUCUUUAUGGAGCGAAUCUCUCAAGCGCAACAUCAACAUUAAAACAACUGCACGCGUUCUUCGCACCAUUACAAAGGAGGGUGGUCUUGACCGUUAUCUGACCAAAGACAAGUCUGCUCGGAUAAAGCAGCUGGGACCCACUGGCUGGAAGCUGCGAUACCGUAUUUUGACCAAGAAUGAAGCCCGGGAGAAGACUGCUCCCAAGAUCAUUGAAACUAUUCAAGAGGCUGGCGCUGAGGCUAGUGUUCCUGUUUUUUUCAAGCACGCUUCAAAGGGCGGUGCCGAGAUUAAGAUUACUGUUGGCAAGCGGAAAAUUCUGAAGGAGCUGUUUACUGUGCUUAAGGGGAAGCAGAUUGCCGAAUCUCACCGUGAGUUUGUCAAGGAGUACGCUGGCAAGCCCGUGGAAGAGAUUUUUGCUACUCUGGAAUCCCACAACUACGACUUUUCGAAAAUCUCUUCUGCUUAA